AAGACUGGAAAACUUCAAGACUAUCGAGCGAACCAGAUUUUGUUACUCCCAUACAAAAUGUAACUAUGGCAGCUAGCAGAGAAGCAGUUUUGACUUGCACUGUCAACAAUUUGGGAAAAUAUAAGGUCGCUUGGGUUAGGGCGGAAGAUCAGACUAUCCUCAGUCUGCACACGAAAGUGGUAACUCACAACAACCGUGUCAGCGUAACCCACGACGAUCCCGAAACCUGGAAACUGCGCAUAAGGCCCGUCAAAGAAUCCGACAGAGGUUGCUACCUCUGCCAAAUAAAUACUCCUGUUUUGAAAUCGCAGAAGGGAUGCUUGGAUGUUUUCG